UCAUUCUUUAUAUGCAUCAACUUCCUCUUCAGAAUUGAGAUCCAGAUCCGAUAGUGCUUUACAUUUCACUCCAAUGGCCUCCAAGCUUUUGCUAAUCACAAUCUUCGUUUUCGAUGCAAUAGCCUUUGGUUUAGCUGUUGCUGCCGAGCAGAGGAGGAGCACUGCCAUAAUUAAGAAAGAUCCAGAAGGAAACUACAGUUACUGCGUGUAUGAUUCGGAUAUUUCAACUGGAUAUGGUAUUGGUGCAUUGUUCUUAUUCUUAACUAGUCAAGUAGUGAUAAUGGUGGCAAGUCAAUGUUUUUGUUGUGGAAAGGCUCUGAAACCUGGAGGUUCUAGAGCUUGGGCUGUCAUUCUUUUCAUUAUUUGCUGGGUAUUCUUCACAAUUGCUGAAAUAUGCUUGUUGGCUGGCUCGGUGAGGAAUGCUUAUCAUACAAAGUAUAGGGCGAUAUUUGCGAAUGAAGAAGCGCUUUCUUGUGAGAUGUUGAGGAGUGGAGUAUUUGCAGCAGGGGCGGCAUUCGUAUUCUUGAAUUGUAUUGUUUCUCAGCUUUACUAUGUUUGUUUUUCUAAGGCUAGAGAAAGCUAUCAGUUUGGAGGAGAAGCUGGUAAUGGUGUUGGCAUGAGCACUUACAAGUGAGUUUUAUUUGCAGCAACAGACUUGUCUUUUUCAAUGAUCAUCCAAUUUCAAAAUAUUUUUCUUAUUUUUCUUAGUUUGAAGUUUGUUUUCAAUGUAUAAUAUGCUUCUUCAUGGAUUAGUGAUGGAUUAGUGAUUGUUGAAUCACACAUUUGAAAAUGUUAUUAUUUUUUGAGUUACAAUUGUUAUUAAAAUUAAGUUGGUAAAAUCCAUUUUCU